AGAAAGUUCUAGAUUUUCUAGAUAAUUCAGGAAAUGAUCGAAAAGUUGUAUAUAACCAUGGCGCACACAAGUUGUGGUCAGAAUCCGAAAAGUUGUCAGACACCUACGUGGAAGUAACAGAAGGGACGUAUCUGUAUACACCUGUGUACAUAUAUCCAGCACAAAGCGGGCGGACUAGUAUAAACGAACUAGUGCUAUAUCUACUUUCGCUUUGACAGUUUCACAAUCAUAAGACAUGUCAAGCUCACGUAAAGCUCCAGCUAUUGGUAUAGACCUUGGUACGACGUAUUCCUGUGUCGGAGUAUUCCAACAUGGGAAGGUGGAGAUUAUUGCCAACGACCAGGGAAACAGGACCACGCCUAGUUAUGUGGCCUUCACAGACUCAGAGAGAUUAAUCGGGGACGCUGCCAAGGGUCAAGUGGCCAUGAACCCACAGAAUACCAUUUUCGAUGCAAAACGGUUGAUCGGACGGAAAUACGAUGACCCUCAUGUCCAGUCGGACGUGAAGCAUUGGCCAUUUAGGGUCGUCAACAACGCGGGUAAACCAAAUAUUCAGGUAGACUACAAUGGAACCACAAAACAGUUCACACCAGAGGAGAUCAGUUCCAUGGUUCUUACUAAAAUGAAGGAGACGGCUGAGGCUUUCUUGGGUCAAAAGGUCAAGGAUGCUGUGAUCACAGUGCCAGCCUAUUUCAAUGACUCCCAAAGACAGGCAACAAAGGAUGCUGGGAUGAUCGCCGGACUUAACGUCCUCAGAAUCGUCAAUGAACCGACGGCUGCUGCGCUGGCUUAUGGACUGGAAAAGAACUUGAAAGGAGAGAAAAACGUUCUAAUCUUUGAUCUUGGUGGAGGAACAUUUGAUGUGUCCAUUCUGACUAUCGACGAGGGUUCAAUAUUCGAGGUGAGAGCUACAGCUGGUGACACACACUUAGGUGGGGAGGAUUUCGACAACAGAAUAGUCAAUCAUUUUGUACAGGAGUUUAAACGGAAAUAUGGUAAAGACUUGAGUAAGAACAGCAGGGCUUUGAGAAGACUUCGCACCGAAUGUGAACGUGCAAAACGAGCCCUUUCGAGCAGCAGUGAAGCAAGCCUUGAAAUUGAUUCCCUGUUUGAGGGCAUUGACUUUUACAGUAAGCUCACGAGAGCCAGAUUUGAGGACUUGUGUGCCGACCUAUUCCGUUCUACAUUAGAGCCCGUGGAAAAGGCACUUCGUGAUGCAAAGAUGGACAAAUCGAAAAUCCACGAAAUCGUGCUGGUUGGCGGAUCUACACGUAUACCAAAGGUACAAAAGAUGCUCGAAGAUUUCAUGAACGGAAAACCGCUGAACAAGUCCAUCAACCCUGAUGAAGCUGUAGCGUACGGUGCCGCAGUUCAGGCCGCCGUGCUUACAGGGGACAGUAGUAACGUCAUCAAGGAUGUUCUUCUCGUGGACGUGGCUCCCUUAUCUCUCGGAAUAGAAACGGCCGGAGGUGUGAUGACCAAACUGAUCGAAAGGAAUACUAGAAUCCCCACAAAAACAUCACAGACAUUUACUACGUAUUCUGAUAACCAGCCUGGUGUCGGUAUCCAAGUAUUCGAGGGAGAACGAGUUAUGACAAAGGACAACAACCAACUGGGACGCUUCGAACUCAACGGCAUCCCUCCUGCACCUCGGGGUGUUCCGCAGAUCGAAGUGCAAUUUGACAUUGAUGCUAAUGGAAUUCUCAACGUUUCGGCGGAGGACAAGAGUACAGGGAAAUCCAACAAAAUCACAAUUACAAACGAUAAGGGACGUCUGAGUAAAGAGGACAUUGAUAAAAUGGUGUCCGACGCGGAAAAAUACAAAGACGAGGAUGAGAAACAGAGAAAAAGAGUUUCUGCCAGGAACCAGCUUGAAAACUACAUUUUCAGUGUCAAACAGGCGAUAGAAAAUUCUGGUGACAAACUCUCGUCGGAGGACAAAUCAACUGUGUGUCAGGAAUGUGAGGACAACCUGAAGUGGCUGGACAGUAACACCACGGCUGAUGUGGAGGAAUACGAAUAUAAACUACAGGAAUUCCAGAAACUGUGUUCACCUAUAAUGACCAAACUCCACGGGGGUUCCCCACAGGGUAAUACUAGUGGGGCCUCCUACGGGAACUGUGGUCAGGAGACACGGGGAGGGCCAGGUACAGGUCCAACAGUUGAGGAAGUGUACUGAGAGAUCGAUAUGCUAGUGUUUUAAAACUCAUUUGUAAAAGCACGGACUUAGAUAGCUAAUUCUUUGGUAAAAGUGACAGUAUUCGUAUUGUUAAGUUUAAUAGUAUGAUGCAAUUUAGCAAAACAUUUGCUAUUUAAUAUCAUCUUGUAUAUAGAUUAGUGGCGCCUUAAUGUUGCGCAAACGUAUUUUUUAUAAAUUAUUAUAUUUACUGUUUUAUUUAACCAUAUUAGUUUAUUUACACUGAUGGAACAUCAUGGCUGGUAACUUGACAUGUAGUACGUAGUGAAGCCACAUGUAUGUUGAUUUUGUGUGUGUGGAGAAUUGUUAUAUUUUAUUGAGUUUAAUGUAUUUGUUGU